AUGGCAACCGAGGUCCAUAAUCUCCAAGAACUACGACGCAGUGCUUCAUUGGCUACCAAGGUCUUUGUCCAACGGGACUACAGUGAUGGGACCAUCUGCCAGUUCCAAACCAAAUUCCCUCCUGAGCUAGACAGUCGGAUUGAGCGGCAACUUUUUGAGGAAACGGUGAAGACCCUCAACAACUUCUAUGCUGAGGCUGAGAAAAUUGGGGGCAGCUCCUACCUGGAGGGAUGCCUCGCUUGUGCCACAGCCUACUUCAUCUUCCUUUGCAUGGAGACCCACUAUGAGAAGGUCCUGAAGAAGAUCUCCAAGUACAUCCAGGAGCAGAAUGAGAAAAUCUAUGCUCCACGAGGGCUAUUGCUAACAGACCCGGUGGAACGGGGCAUGCGGGUUAUUGAGAUCUCCAUCUAUGAGGAUCGGUGCAGCAGUUCCAGCUCAGGCAGCUCCAGCAGCACCAGCAGCAGUGCUGGGGGAGGCGGUGGGGGAGCCGGGGGCCGGUGA